GUAUAUAGCUCGCGUUGUGGUGAGACAGACACGCCCACAACAAUGGCGAAGAGGAGAAACCCUAACCCUAAUCGCCCCUCUCCUCGCCUCCUCCUCCUCCUCUUCUUCUUCCUCUCCUUCCUCCUCCUCCUCUCCCUCUCCGACUCCUCCAACGUCACCUACGACCACCGCUCCCUCAUCGUCAAUGGCCGCCGCCUGCUCCUCAUCUCCGCCUCCAUCCACUACCCCCGCAGCGUCCCCGCCAUGUGGCCGGGGCUCGUCGCCGCGGCGAAGGAGGGCGGGGCCGACGCGAUCGAGACCUACGUGUUCUGGAACGGCCACGAGAUCUCGCCCGGCGAGUAUUAUUUCGAGGAUCGGUUCGAUUUGGUUAGGUUUGCUGGGAUUGUUCGCGAUGCUGGGUUGUUUAUGAUCCUCCGCAUUGGGCCAUUUGUUGCCGCGGAGUGGAAUUUUGGGGGAGUGCCAGUUUGGUUGCACUAUGUGCCGGGCACUGUGUUCCGGACGAAUAACGAACCCUUCAAGAGUCACAUGAAGAGCUUCACGACUUAUGUUGUGGACAUGAUGAAGCGAGAGAGGUUCUUUGUUUCACAGGGUGGUCAUAUCAUCUUGGCUCAGAUUGAAAAUGAAUAUGGAGAUAGUGAAAGCGCCUAUGGAAGUGGUGGUCAGCCGUAUGCAAUGUGGGCUGCUAGUAUGGCUCUUUCUCAGAAUACAGGAGUGCCUUGGAUUAUGUGCCAACAGUAUGAUGCCCCUGAUCCUGUUAUCAAUACUUGCAAUUCAUUUUACUGUGAUCAAUUUACCCCAAAUUCUCCAAACAAGCCGAAAAUUUGGACCGAGAAUUGGCCUGGAUGGUUUCAAACUUUUGGGGACAGCAAUCCGCAUCGGCCACCUGAAGAUGUUGCAUUUGCUGUUGCACGUUUUUUCGAGAAAGGUGGGAGCGUUCAAAAUUAUUAUGUGUAUCAUGGUGGUACAAACUUUGGUCGCACUACUGGGGGACCAUUCAUCACUACAAGCUAUGAUUAUGAUGCACCAAUUGAUGAAUAUGGGUUGGUGAGACUUCCAAAAUGGGGACAUCUGAAAGAGCUUCAUCAAGCUAUAAAAUUAUGCGAGCAUGCAUUGCUUCAUGGCGAGUCAACGUUUAUUUCCCUUGGUCCUCAUCAAGAGGCUGAUGUUUAUACUGAUCCCUCAGGGGGGUGUGUUGCAUUCCUUGCUAACAUUGAUGAAGAAAAGGAUAAAUUGGUAGUUUUUCAGAACAAAUCAUAUAACAUUCCUGCUUGGUCAGUUAGUAUCUUGCCAGAUUGCAAGAAUGUGGUAUUUAACACUGCAAAGGUUCGGUCCCAAACUUCAGUUGUGGAUAUGAUACCGGAAAAUUUGAUAAUAUCAGGCAGUUGGCAGAUUUUCAUGGAGAAAACAGGGGUCUGGGGUGAACCUGACUUCACAAAAAAUGGAUUUGUGGAUCAUAUCAAUACCACAAAGGAUUCCACUGAUUACCUGUGGUACACAACAAGUUUUUUUGUGGACGAGAGUGAAAAGUUCUUGAGUGAUGGCAGCCAUCCAACUCUCAAAGUUGAAUCAAAAGGCCAUGCUGUCCAUGCUUUUCUAAAUAAGAAACUUCAAGCCGGUGCGUCUGGAAAUGGCUCCGAUUCAACUUUUAAGCUUGAGACACCCAUUUCUCUGAGAGCUGGGAAGAAUGAACUAGCUUUCCUGAGCAUGACUGUUGGCUUGCAAAAUGCAGGACCAUUUUAUGAGUGGGUAGGAGCAGGAUUAACAAGCGUCAAGAUCAAUGGUUUGAAAAAUGGAACCAUGGACUUAUCUUCAAAUAAGUGGAUUUAUAAGAUUGGAUUAGAAGGUGAAUAUCAUCGCAUAUUCAACCCAGAUAGUAGAGAUGAUAUUAAGUGGAUGCCAUCACCCAAGCCGCCAAAAGAUCAACCUCUGAUCUGGUACAAGGUAAAUGUGGAAACUCCAAAAGGGAAUGACCCUAUUGGGCUCGACAUGCAAUAUAUGGGAAAAGGCCAAGCUUGGCUAAAUGGCAAAGCCAUAGGAAGAUAUUGGCCCAGAAAGAGCUCCUUACAUGAUCAGUGUACUGCCAGUUGUAAUUACAGGGGAAAAUUCUCCCCAGAUAAAUGCAGGACAGGAUGUGGACGACCAACGCAGAGAUGGUAUCAUGUCCCACGAUCUUGGUUCCAGCCAUCAGGAAAUACACUUGUGAUAUUUGAAGAGAAAGGCGGGGAUCCGACAAAGAUCACAUUUGCGAGAAGACGCGUGACUGGCGUUUGUGGUUAUAUCUCGGAGGACUAUCCUUCAAAAGCCUUAGAAUCUUGGGACAAGAGCAAGACAGAGUCUGAUAGUGCCGUGGCCAAAGUAAGCUUGAACUGCACUGACGGCACUGUUAUAUCUUCGAUCACAUUCGCGAGCUUCGGAAACCCUUAUGGAGCAUGCAGAUCCUACCAACAAGGAAGUUGCCAUUAUCCCGAUUCUCUUUCUGUAGUCGAAAAGGCUUGUUUACAUGCAAGUAGCUGUACCGUUUCACUGUCAGAAGAUCACUUCGGAAGAGAUUUAUGCCCUGGAAUUACCAAAACACUCGCUAUCAAAGCAAAUUGCUCCUAGUAACAAUCAACACCAAGUAUAGAACAAAGGGCUCACUUGAUGCGAAAAAUUUGUACCCAAUUUCUCAUUUACGAUGGGACUAGAGUUGCUGCUUACCAAAACAGGUAACGGCGCUUGUUUUUGUUGUAUUUUCUUGUAGUAACUUCAAUUUAUCUGUGCUCCGAGUUGAAGAAUGUAUUGGACUACCGUUUAGAUGAUAAAAUUUGGACGGCUUUGGAUUACUUUUUGGUAAUUUAUCGCGAUCAGAGUUGAAGAAUGUAUUUGAACAAUGUGAUUAUAUGCAGUAAAGCUAUAUUUUUUAUGUGGUUUUA